CGCGCGAGGAGCAGUUGCGUCGCGGGCGAGUCGCGGCGGGAGCACCGGGCAUCAUCGAAACCUAACCCUUAGUGAGACACGGCUGAAACCUAACCGACUGCUCCAGGCUCGGUUCAGCGAUCAUACUACCGCCCGCGUACUCCCCCUGCCCGGCCCAACCUCAAGACGAUAGCCCCAGCCGAAACCCACGAAGACGACGACGACUCGAGAAGAUGGCCCCCAAGUAUGCCGCCGCUCACCUGAUUCCUAAGAAGGAGGAUGGAAAAGAAGAUCGCAAGGCUAUCGCUCGGUCUCGAAGUAACUACCUCCGCGUUCAUUUCAAGAACACAAGGGAGACAGCCGCCGCCAUCACUGGUCUCAAACUCGCCAAAGCACUCUCUUUCUUGAGCGACGUUACAGAACACAAACAGUGUGUUCCUUUCCGAAGAUUCUCCGGUGGAGUCGGACGAACUGCACAAGCCAAGGCCCACAAGGCCACUCAAGGUCGAUGGCCUCUUAAGUCGGCCAAAUACAUGAUCCAACUCCUCAAGAACGCCCAGGCCAACGCCGUCGCCAACGAGCUUGAACCCGAGGAUCUUGUUAUCACCAGCGUCAACGUCAACCAAGCCCCCAAAACCCGUCGACGCACAUACCGUGCCCACGGUCGAAUUAAUCCUUACCAGGGACACCCAUGUCACGUUGAGAUCAUCCUGACCCCUGUGACUGAGGAAGUUGAAAAGGCUGAUGAUGUAGUUGUUGCCAAGCGUCGAGGAGUUCGAGCCCCCAAAAUGAUCGCCGCUUCGUAAUUAAUCAUCCUCACAUUCAACUCUACCCUUCCAUCAUGAUGUCUAUGCCUACCAUGCAAUGCGAUCUCAAUAUACUUUUAGAGGCUUGGUACCGCUUUUGCGUUCACUCCUUCCCUCGUCCAAUCAGUGACCGAUCAUACAUCGAUUUCCAAAUGUCACUAUUUGUCCUUAAGUCUCAUCCGCAUACAACUCUUGCUAAACGUCAGCUCACGUCUAAUGAAGGCCCGCUGCUGGCCUGGGUGUCAAUAAUCUCCGUGAAAGAUUUAGUGACCGGCAUUUGUAAUCAUCGGUUUCUAUUCAUCAGUCCUGCUUUGGGGGCAUGGCUGUGGCUACUUGUGACCCUCCGC